GAAACAAACCAUAGAACUCUUUAAAUGUUCUGAUGAUCCGGGUGAAAAGAGCACUUUCAUCAGUCCUCACUGGGCUGGUAUGUGUGUUCAUGUGUGUGAAAGCUGUGUGGCACAGAGCAGGACUGACAGGAAGGGCGUGACUCCAGUUUUACUGAAUGUGGUUAGGCACAGCACCAGGGUUCACUGCACCUCACUUCUACUCUGUUUAUCCACUCUGGAAAAAAGAGGGGGAGGAAUGAACGAUGGAUGAAUGAGUGUGCUUUAUUCCUGUUUUCACCCCUCCCCUUUCCUCUGGUUAAAUUGCUUCCUUGCCUUCUCUACCUUUCUCUGCCCCUUUUCUCUCCCUUUCUCUCUCCUUCUCUCGUCUCUCGUCUUCUUUUUCUUUUGUCCUUGUGCUUUCUCGGAGUUCUACAUGAGAAUUCUUGUGCCUGCCUGUCUGGACAAGCAAAGGUGCUGCAGGCCAGAGGCCACACACAGAAAAAAGGGAGAAAGAGGAAAGGAAUAACAGAGAGGAGUUAAAGAAACCAAGUGAAAUAGAGGUGUAGCAGGUUUAAGAAACAGUUCUGGAGACUUUCCCAUACUCUGUUUGUGUGGCGCGUGGGUUGAAGGUGCCAGACUGGGAUGGAUGCCAUUAUGCUACAGGAGAAGCUGGUGGAGAAACUGCUGUGUGCCCGAAGCAGGACUACUCGCCAGAAGGAUAAGCAGUAUGUCGGCUUUGCGACGCUCCCUAACCAGGUCCACAGGAAGUCUGUCAAGAAAGGCUUUGAUUUCACGCUAAUGGUAGCAGGUGAAUCUGGCUUGGGCAAGUCUACUCUAGUAAACAGCCUUUUCCUCACAGACCUCUAUAAGGACAGAAAACUACUAAAUGCAGAAGAGCGUAUUAAUCAGACAGUGGAGAUCACCAAACACACCGUGGAUAUUGAAGAGAAGGGUGUCAAACUCAAACUCACCAUUGUAGACACACCAGGGUUUGGAGACGCUGUAAACAAUAAUGAGUGUUGGAAGCCCAUCACCGACUACAUUGAUCAGCAGUUUGAGCAAUAUUUCAGGGAUGAAAGUGGACUCAACAGGAAGAACAUAUUGGAUAACCGAGUGCACUGCUGUCUUUAUUUCAUACCACCAUUUGGACAUGGUUUGAGGCCAGUGGAUGUGGAGUUCAUGAAAGCACUGCAUGAGAAAGUGAACAUUAUUCCUCUCAUUGCCAAAGCGGACUGUCUCACUCCAAGUGAGAUAAAGAAGCUAAAGGACCGGGUACGAGAUGAGAUUGAGCGCUUUGGGAUUAAAGUGUACCAGUUUCCUGAGUGUGACUCUGAUGAGGAUGAGGAGUUUAAACAGAUGGACAAAGAGCUGAAGGAGUGUACUCCCUUCGCUGUUAUUGGUAGUAAUACAGUGGUGGAAGCAAGAGGUCAAAGAGUGCGAGGUCGCCUCUACCCUUGGGGCAUUGUCGAAGUGGAGAACCAGUCCCACUGUGACUUUGUGAAGUUGAGGAACAUGCUGAUUCGCUCUCACAUGCAUGACCUGAAAGAUGUGACUUGCGAUGUACACUACGAGAACUACAGAGCCCAGUGUAUACAGGAGAUGACCAGUAAACUUACACAGGACAACCGCAUGGACAGUCCUAUUCCCAUUCUGCCGCUGCCUACUCCGGACGCAGAAACAGAGCGACUCAUCAAGAUGAAGGAUGAAGAGCUGAAAAGAAUGCAAGAGAUGCUGCAGAAGAUGCAGCAACAGAUGCACGAGAAAGACCAGUGAUGAUCACACACCGAGACACACGUACACAUAUGCAAACAUGCACUUAUCAAGAAAUGUACACUUCAUAUCUUAUACUGUAUUCUUUCACAUGACUGAUAAUGAAAGUGGUCAUGUAUGUAUUCUAAUUAUGGCGUAUCCUUCAGACAGCGACACACUCGAUGACAAACUAUACUGUAUAUUUGCAAAACAAUUUGCUUGGUGCUUUGGAGCUCUUACCUACCAAGUACAAAUGUGAAGCAUCUAUUUAAUACUUCUUGUGUUUAUGCCCGUGUGAGUAUAGCUAACAAUGGUAAUAUUAUGUAUAAUUAAUUUAAAUUAAACUUACUUUUAGAUGUAUCUAAUUUAUAUGUACUUGAUUUUAAUGCUUAGCUAGAAUGUGCAUAAAUUGUUUUGUAAUGCCAUUUUAGCCAAAGUGUUGGUUUGAAUCUGAGCUCUGACUGUUUGUUUGUGUGUGUGUGUGUGUGUGUGUGUGUGUGUGUGUAAAUGAAUAUGUGAAACUACACUUUUUCUUUAACUGCAGACUAGGAUUUUUAGAGUGCUAGCUCUCAGUGAGUGUGGAGUUACCAUGCAGGUUACUGUUAUAAAUAAAUAUGCUUAAUUCAGA